ACACGAUAAUUCAAUUUGUGAAUUGUGUUGGGGCAAGAACAUUAAACAUCAAUUAUAAAUGAGAACAGAAAUUAGUCUGGUAUAUGAUACAUAAGAAUAAUGGGUUGAGGUGGGGAUAGAUUGCAGGCAUUUUCUGUCUCAUCAGCUCACUCCUAGAAGGCUAGGAACGAUGAGUCAAAUUCUGGAAAAUUUCCAAACAUUUCUUCUGUUUAGAAAUCAAUGUUUCCUCGUCUGUCGGAAAAAUUCGCUCGCAUCCCCAAAACACAAGUUGCGUAGGACUUGCCGGAAAAUCAAGAAAUUUCAGCGGCUUCAAUUUUCAUCACCAGUCAAGAGCCAACUAACUGCUCUGGAUAAGGCUGAAGCUUGUUAUGAGUCAGAAUUACGUCUCUUCCCUCAUGUACAAACCCUCGGACAGUUUCCAAAGGAAGAACUAUUUGGGAAAGUUGUCAUGGUUAGAUUUGAUUCAACCAUUCUGCCAGUGGAUAAGAAGAAACUAGACCCCCAUUCCGCUUCCACAGUUAAGUAUCUUUGUGAAGCUCGUGCAAAAGUAAUUCUAGUGGGUAGCUGGAGUUCAACAAUUAAUUCUAAGCCUCUUGCAUUAGAAGCUGUUGCAGAAUACCUUUCAUCUGUUCUACAACUCAAAGUUAUACCAACAAAACUUGGUUCUUCAGAGAUGAUGGCUUGGAUUGAAAAAAGAACAGAACUUGACAUCCUUCUGCUUGAGAAUAUUUCUCAGUUAAAAGAUGACGUGUCCAACUGUCAAAAGUUUGCCCAACAGCUAUCGUUUGGUGUUGAUAUUUUUGUUAAUGAUUCAUUUUCUGAAGUGCAUAAAAUUCUUGCUUCAACUGUUGGUAUUGCUUGCUUUUGUUCUGCCUGCAUUGCGGGGUUCCACUUUCAGCUGGGCCUAUCUCAACUAGAAAAGAUCAUCAGGACCGAUAAAAAGCCCUAUGUUGCCAUAAUUGGUGGUGGUAAUCUCAUAGACAAAGCUGCUGCCUUACAUUUUUUAGCAUCUAUCUGUGAUGCUUUGGUGUUUGUUGGAGAAAUGGCGUUUCAAAUAAUGCAUGCCUUUGGAUUGCCUGUUCCCAUUAAAUUGGUGGAACGCAAAGCACUCAAACAAGCCCAUGCCAUAGUUGAGGCUGCAAAGGCAAGAAAUAUAGAAAUUGUAUUACCAAAAGAUUUUUGGUGCAUAAGUUAUAGUAACCCACAUCAGAUGGAGAUAUCUUCAGCUUCUUCCAUUUUAGAUGGUUGGAAACCUGUUGAUCUUGGACCCAGCACACUGGAGGAAAUUUCUAGCUUUCUUUCAAAAUGCAAGAAAAUUAUAUGGAUAGGCCCAGUAAAAUUCAGCUCCUCAAACCUCAAUGCUGGUGGAGCAUCCAAGUUAGCAGCAAUGGUUGAUGCUCUAAGUCAAAGGAAUUGUGAUGUAAGUAUUGUUGGGAAAAUGGCAUGUGAUGCAUUUCAUGGGAAUUCCAGCUCUGCUACAGCUGAAAACAUGAUUCAAAAUGCUUCUGUUGUGUGGGAGUUUCUGAAAGGAAGAAAUCUUCCCGGGCUCUUGGCACUAGAUAGAGCAUACCCUUUUGAGAUGGAUUGGAAAUGUAUAUAUAAUGAUCCCGACAGGCCUCUUGUUGUUGAUAUUGGAAGUGGGAAUGGCUUGUUUCUUUUUGGAAUGGCAAGGAGGAAGGAUUUCAAUUUUCUUGGCCUCGAGAUAAAUAGGAAGUUGGUGAAACGUUGUCUGGACCAUGUUUCUCAAUCUGUUAUGAAGAAUGUACACUUUGUUGCAACAAAUGCAACAUCAACAUUUCGGUCCAUUAUUUCCAGUUACCCUGGAAGGCUGGUUCUUGUAUCAAUUCAGUGUCCAAAUCCUGAUUUCAACAAACCAGGACACCGGUGGAGGAUGUUGCAGAAGUCAUUGGUUGAAGCAAUAGCCGACUUGCUUGCCUCUGGAGGGAAGGUAUUUCUCCAAUCUGACAUAGAAGAAGUUGCUAUUAGAAUGAAAGAAGAAUUUUCAAAAUAUGGAAAGGGAAAGCUUGAAGUUGAAAAUUUGGAUAAAGCUGCAAUUCACCAAGGCGGUUGGCUUAAGGAAAAUCCAUUUGGCAUUCGAUCAGAUUGGGAGCAGCAUGUUCUAGAUCGAGGAGACCCCAUGUACAGGUUGUGUCUGUCCAAAUCAGAAAGCAGUGAACCUCAUCCACGUGGAUACCAUUCACAUGAACCUCAUUUUCAAUGGGUUGGAUAUCAAUCAUUCUCAAAGUUUGAAGCCAUUCCAGAUCAAAGAGAAGAGAAGCUCGUGAGUUUCAGGAAAAUGGUAGAAAAUAACCAAAAGCAUCAUGCCAUAGUGCUUCCAAUGCCAUACCAAGGCCAUAUAAAUCCAGCCAUCCAUCUUUCCAUCAACCUUGCUUCCCGAGGCUUCACCGUCACCUUUGUCAACACAGAAUUGAUUGAUUCUCUGAUCAUCAAAGCCCGCAGAGGCACCACCACAGCUCCUACAGAUGAUAUCUUCACCCAAGCCCGAAAUUCAGGCCUUGACAUACGAUACACAACCAUCAGUGAUGGCUUUCCCCUCGGCUUUGAUCGGACCACAGAUGCCUAUGGCUUCAUGAUGGGUAUGAUGUACGUUUUUUCAGCUCACGUCGAUGAGCUUGUCAAGAAGCUGGCGGGUUUGGAGCCUCCGCCCACAUGUCUGAUUGCCGACAGUUUCUACGCAUGGCCGUCCAUUAUUGCCAGCAAGUAUAACCUUGUGAAUGUUUCAUUCUUUACCGAACCGGCGCUUGUUUUUGCCAUUGACUCUCAUUUGGACCUCCUCAAAGAAAAUGGCCAUUUUGGCUGUAAAGAUUGUCGCAAGGAUUCAAUAGAUUAUAUACCGGGAGUGGAGGCUAUUGAACCAAGAGACCUGCCACUGUACUUGCAGCAAGAAAACAACACAACCUCAGCGGUCUACUUGACAGUGUACAAAGGUUUUGAGGAUGCCAAGAAAGCUGAUAUUGUCAUAUGUAACACUGUCCAAGAACUUGAACCACAAACCAUAUCAGCCCUUGAAGAAAAACAACCUUUCUAUGCCAUUGGUCCCCUUUUUCCACAAAGCUUCACCGAGCAAACAGCUUUCAGGAGCCUGUUGCCCGAGUCAGAUUGCUGCAAAUGGCUGGACUCAAAGCCGCCUGGUUCUGUUCUAUAUGCUUCAUUCGGGAGCCUUGCUCAUUUAACCAAAGAACACAUCAUGGAGUUGGGGCGUGGGCUAAUGCUAAGUGAGGUGAACUUCAUUUGGGUUCUCCGUCCUGGUAUGGCCAUUACAGACGAAAUGGAUUUCUCCAUGGAUGGAUUUCAAGAGUGCGUCAGAGAUCGUGGGUUGAUCGUGCCAUGGUGCCAUCAACCUGCAGUGAUUUCACAUCCGGCAGUAGGAGGUUUCAUAACACACUGCGGAUGGAAUUCGAUUCUGGAAAGUAUAUGGUGCAGUGUUCCAAUGAUAUGUUACCCGUUAAUUGUUGAUCAACCCACUAACCGUAAGUUAGUGGUGGAUGAGUGGAAGAUUGGGAUUAAUCUGUGUAAUGACGACGACAAAUCAAUCAGCAAGGAGGAAGUUGCAUCCAAGGUUAAGUUUUUGAUGAAGGCGGAAAGUUCGAUUGAGUUGAGGAAGGCGAUUAAGGAUGUGAGGAAGAAUCUUGAAAAUGCUUUGGGCAGCAACGGAUCAUCAGUAAAGAAUGUUGACAAGUUUGUGGAGAAAAUCAAAGCCAAGUUCAAUCAAUCAUCAGUGCGAAAUAAUAGGAAUUAGAAUCUAUAUACUACAUUCAUAGGGUUGUUGUUGGCUUAAUUAAUCAAAUUUAUCGUGUA